AUGUCUGCAAAGACUAAAAUAUCAGUAUUUUUCGGAACCGACGACAAUAAUAGCGACGAUUUGAUUAAUUUCUAUCAAUUGGCGAAUAGUUUGGCGAAUCUUGAGCUCAAUAUAUACUCGGAAUUCAAUAAACACUCGAAACUCAGAAUUUUAGAGUUCGAGUCAACCACUGGACACGAGUUGGAGCUCUGGAUAUAUUACGGAUCCAUUGGCUCCAGAGAUUCAAUCCCAGCCAUUGUCUCACAUGAAAGUGAAGGCAUUGUACUGAUAGGCGGCGAAUCGGUUCAGAAGUUUUUAUUAGACAAUCAAAAGCCUAUCAUUUGGUUUAAAGAGAAAACUGGUUCUCAAAGUGAGAGGAAAGCUAAUAAUUUAACACAAUUUCAAUUCACGAGUGUAUCGGACGAGACAAUCAAGAAUGAGUUCAACAAAUGGUUGGAAUCAAAACUUUUUGGUAAAUGAGGUGAAAAUGAUGGAAGAAUUGGAGAAAUUAGUGGUCGAAGAGAAACGUCAGACCAAAGAGAGGAUUGAGAGACGGACUGCACAACAGUUGCAAAGCGUUUAUUUGAAAUAUUUGUCUAAUUUGUCACCAUUUG